AUGUCAGGUCUUGCAAAUUAUCGGAUUCUAAGUCCUCUCGGGAGCGGCACUUUUGGCCAAGUAAAGCGUAAUUUUAAUUUAGUUGCUGAACAUCUCGCAACAUCCACAAAAGUAGCUAUAAAAAUCCUUAAAAAGCGAACAAUUUCAGAAAAGCGUGUAAUUUCCAAAGUCAAGCGUGAAAUUAAAGCACUUAAGCUAUUUCGGCAUCCACAUAUAAUAAAGCUUUACGAAGUCAUAGACACCCCUUCUAACCUUGCUCUUGUUUUAGAAUAUCUCCCAGGCGGAGAACUUUACACUCAUCUCGACCGAAAUGGAAAAAUAUCAGAAGACCAGACCCGUAUUUACAUUCAGCAAAUUUUAUCAGGUAUCGAAUAUGUUCACAAUAUGAGACUGACACAUCGUGACAUUAAGCCUGAAAAUCUUCUUCUUGAUGAGUUCGGUAAUAUAAAACUUGCAGAUUUCGGCCUUUCUAAUAUCAUGCCAGAUGGAGAUUUUUUGAAGACCUGCUGUGGAUCUCCGAACUAUGCAGCUCCUGAGAUAUUAGCAGGACAGAAUUAUAGUGGCCCAGAAGUCGACGUGUGGAGCAUCGGGGUGGUCUUGUAUACACUUCUUGCAGGUUUUCUGCCAUUUGAUGAUAACAAUUUACCUUCCCUUUUUACUAAGAUUAGAAGUGCGAAUUUUGUGAUUCCUUACAGUGUUUUAAAGAAAUAAAAUGGUGACGUAUGACGGAGUUGAGCUCCGGGGCGUCUCACCCACUUUGGGCAAGGCAGGGCUCCACACAAAUCCAUUCGACCGAAAUAAGACGGGCUGGGGUCUAGUAGGGCAUGGAGAAGGAGUCUCUUGUCCUCCCCGGGUGAAGUUUUAUUUCUCCUCCGUAGGUUUGCCCAGCCCAGGCUGGGGUUUUGUCCUACCACCUAGUCCUUCUCUGUCGGGACUAGCGGAGCGCUCAGACGCGAGCGAAGAACCCAGGUGGGCUAACCCUUGGGCUCUAGUGGUUCAGACAGGAAAACCAAGUAAGCAAUAGGAAGAGGAAUUUCCCGCUUGGAGCCGAGACGGGGUAAAGGCUAGUGUGCGAACACUUAUGGCCAGUUUAACAAUUUAACUAACUUACAGUGUUUCUGAAUUCGCCAAAGAUCUGAUAUCGAGGAUGUUGAACCCGGACCCGAUUGCAAGGAUCACAAUAAACCAAAUAAAGCAUCAUCCAUGAUUCCAAGCAAAUCUUCCUGUAAAAGUAAGGCGAAAAGGGUCUUUUAUAGACUUUGAGUCAAAAGCUGAAUAUAAUUAUAUUAAUACGAUAGAUGAAGAACUUUUUAAGGAAUGCUUAAAACUUAUUGAAGUUGAAACUGAAAAAAUUGAAGAAAUUCGCCAAGGGAUUAUGAAUAAGACCAAUAAUGAUUUUACUGUAUGCUAUUAUUUGUUAUUAGAUCAAGCCAAAAGCAGAAUAAAACCUCUUGGGGAUGAUAUCGGAGUCCCUUUAUUUCAAAGAAAUUCUAAUGUAAGCACAGAGGUUUCUUCAAGAUCGUCGUCGAGAAACGAUUUUUUAGAGCAAAAAUCUGAUUUUGAGCCUCCUUCAAACUGAGUGUAUGGGUUUCGGUCUAAUUUAGACCCGAAUCACUUUAUGGUUAGCAUGCUUAGUUCUUUUAAAGACUCAGGGCUUGAGUGAAGAUGCCUAAACAAUCUAAAUCUUCAUUUGCGGACAGUUUUUCCAGAAAACAGAGUGAAAAUGAGCUUAAACAUAUAUAAAUACGAGGAUAGCUAUGUGCUAGACUUUAAAUUGAGACAAGGAAAUUCAAUGGUAUUUUUAGAAGUAUUGCACUGCCUUUACUAUUACUUAUAUCUUAGAACCUGUUUUUAA